GGACAUUUUGUAGCUGUUGAUGCCAUUACUGUCAUUUAGCAGAUACAUUCUUACACCAUACGCAACUUCGUCACUUUCUUUUAGUUCCACUGUCUUUCUCCUUCAUCUCUCUCUCUCUCUCUCUCUCUCUCUCUCUCUCUCUCUCUCUCUCUCUCUCUCUCUCCCAAUGCUACAAUGACAUGAUCCAAUUCUCAAUCCAUCAACAACCGGAGCUUCAUCAAGUUCCGGUCUAAAACCAACAAUGCCUUCUCUCCCUCACAGAUCAUUCUUCAACUCACGUCAAACAAUUUCAUCUCGCAGAUCCUCAAUCCUCAUCCUCGCUUUCCUCUUUUUCGCAUUCAUCGUUUUUCUCAAACCGUUUCGUGAUAAUCGCUGCGUUAACACAAACCCUAGAUCGGUUCGCGUCACAUGGGAUCGUAGCACGCCAACCACCACCGCUGGUAGAAAUGUCGUUGCUGAUGAUAGACAUAAGGUUAUGGCUUUUGUGGGUAUUCAGACUGGAUUUCGAUCCGUUGGUCGGCGUCAAUCUUUGAGGAAGACUUGGUUUCCUUCAGAUCCUAAUGGACUUCAACGCUUGGAAGAAGCCACUGGCUUGGCUUUUAGGUUUGUUAUUGGUAGAACGAGUGAUAAAUUGAAGAUGUCUGCACUUAAGAGGGAAAUGGCCGAAUAUGAUGAUUUCAUUCAUUUGGAUAUUGAAGAGGAGUACAGUAAGCUCCCAUACAAAACGUUAGCUUUCUUUAAAGCUGCUUAUGCUCUUUUCGAUGCCGAAUUUUAUGUCAAAGCUGAUGAUGACAUAUAUUUAAGACCAGAUCGUCUUUCAUUACUAAUUGCAAAAGAGAGAUCUCAUUCACAGACAUACAUAGGAUGCAUGAAAAAGGGCCCUGUUUUCACUGAUCCGAAACUCAAAUGGUAUGAGCCACUAUCUAAUUUGCUUGGAAAGGAGUAUUUCCUUCAUGCUUAUGGUCCUAUAUAUGCUCUUUCUGCUGAUGUUGUACAAAGCUUGGUCGCUCUUAAGAAUAACAGUUUUCGGAUGUUCAGCAAUGAGGAUGUUACCAUUGGAGCUUGGAUGCUUGCAAUGAAUGUCAACCAUGAGAAUAUUCAUGAACUUUGUUCUCCAGAGUGUACAUCGACAUCAAUAGCUGUUUGGGAUAUUCCAAAGUGUUCAGGCCUCUGUAAUCCAGAAAAGAGAAUGCUGGAACUUCAUAAAAUGGAUAGCUGCAUUCAGAGUCCCACAAUGGAAUCUGAUGAAUAGUAUUUGUAUGUUGAGGAACUCCUUGUGUAUACAAUAUACAUUGAUAUUUCUCUUUCUAGUUGAUAUAACUUCAUGUGAUCAGAAGACACUUUGAUGUGCUUUUUUUUCUUCCACUUUUUUCUGUGUUUCCUUUUCUUUUUUGAUGUGAUUUUCUUCACUUACCCUUAUUUAGGCCGGCUUUAUGUAAAGCAUGAGAAAAUAGAUAGACUUAGGGAUGAUGAUAUUAUAUGACCAUACUUGUAUUCCGAUUUUAAUGUCAUUCUUUUUUAGAUUUUAUUAA